UGCCAGCAGUCAGCACUUUGGACUUUCGCCGGCAAGACGUCCAGAUGGCCAUGAAGAGGAGAUAUGUGAAGCGCCUGGUGCGCAAGGUGGUGAUGUUCCUGGUGGUCGUCGUCGGCGUUUCCCUGGUCACCAGCAUGAUCGUCGAGCGGCGGAUGCGAAAGACCAUGGAUGCCGAAGAAAAACUGGAUCCGAACGGAGAUCCCGUAACGCCCGUUUUCAGGGCUGCCAAUGUACAUCCCACGCGGAAGGCUCCUCGACCUCCUUAUCAGGAUCGUAACUCCGUUGUUGAUCUACCAAAAAGUGACAAGCUUGAAGGUUUCCGGCUACCGGAACCCAAGGGAGAGCGCAAGGAUUGGCACGAUUAUGCGUACAUGGAGGCGGAUAAAAAACGUGUCGGUUUCGGUGAGCAUGGAGUAGCCGUUAAGAUCGAAGAUCCCAAUGAAAAGCAGCUGGAAACCGAAAUGUACGAGAUGAACGGCUUUAAUGGCCUCUUGUCGGAUAGAAUAUCCAUCAAUCGAUCCGUGCCGGAUAUCAGACACGAGGCUUGCAAAACGCGGAAGUACCUGGCAAAGUUGCCCAACAUCAGUGUGGUUUUCAUCUUCUUCAACGAGCACUUUAACACCUUGUUGAGGUCCAUCUACAGUGUGAUAAAUCGCACUCCACCGGAAUUAUUAAAACAAAUUGUCCUUGUGGACGAUGGCAGCGAGUGGGAAGUUCUGAAGCAUCCACUGGAUGAGUAUGUGGAACAGCACUUCCCGCAUCUGGUGACCAUAGUGAGAAAUCCGGAGAGAAGAGGUCUAAUCGGAGCUAGGAUAGCUGGUGCCAAAGUGGCCAUCGGAGAAGUAAUGGUCUUCUUCGAUUCCCACAUCGAAGUUAACUACAAUUGGCUCCCUCCCCUGAUCGAACCCAUUGCCAUUAAUCCCAAGAUCUCCACCUGCCCUAUUGUGGAUACUAUUGCGCAUGGUGACUUCUCUUACUCCGGUGACAUGAAGGCAGGAGCUCGUGGGGGGUUCGAUUGGAAAAUGCUGUACAAACAACUGCCUGUUUUACCAGAGGAUGCUGUGGAUAAGUCCAUGCCUUAUCGAAGUCCCGUGAUGAUGGGCGGCUUGUUUGCUAUCAACACGGACUUCUUUUGGGAUCUGGGUGGCUAUGACGACCAGUUGGACAUCUGGGGUGGAGAGCAAUACGAACUGAGCUUUAAGAUCUGGAUGUGUGGCGGCAUGUUGCUGGAUGUUCCCUGCUCGAGGGUCGCCCAUAUAUUCCGAGGACCCAUGAAACCGAGGGGAAAUCCCAGGGGAUUCAACUUUGUCGCAAAGAACCACAAACGCGUGGCCGAAGUUUGGAUGGAUGAGUAUAAGCAAUAUGUGUAUUCCCGCGAUCCUGCCACCUACGAAGGCCUAGAUCCCGGAGAUCUUACCAGACAGCGUGGAAUUCGGGAGCGUUUGAAGUGCAAGAGCUUCCACUGGUUCAUGACGGAGGUGGCUCCAGAUUUCCUGGUCAAGUUCCCGCCCGUAGACCCACCAUCCUAUUCCUCUGGGGUCAUUCAAAAUGUGGCCAAUCCAGUUUAUUGCCUGGAUAACAUGGGAUUGGAAAACGAAAAGGCGGUGGGAAUGUUCAGUUGUGCGGAAAACAAAACCAGUCCCCAGCCCAAUCAAUAUUGGGAGCUCUCCAUUCAUCGGGAUAUACGAAUGAAGCGUCACGAGUCCGUGUGCCUGGAUGUCCAUGAGGCACCACCCAAUGCCACCGUUUGGAUGUGGGGCUGUCACAGUCAGGGUGGCAACCAGUUCUGGUACUACGAUAGGGAAACCCAGAUGUUGAUCCACGGAGAACAUAGCAAGCGCUGUAUGGAGGGAUUUGUGGAGAACGGAGUUGCCAGGGUGGUGGCCAGUAUGUGCGAAAAGGACAACGAUCGCCAGCGCUGGACGUUUGGAUUUGUUAACCACACCAUGUUGGACACCUUUCACGUGGGAUUGAAGUAGCCAUCUUUUUUAGUAAACACCACACCCACUUAAGUAACCACUGGCCACAUGUCGAUCGGUUAAGUUCGGGGACCUCGAUCGUCACGGGUUUAGUUCAUUGAUCGUUGUGAAGGUUUCAGCAAAAAAGUUCGCCAAGUAAAUUCCAUUUUUCCAUUAAUUCUUGCCCCAUGCAUUAUUGAUAUAUGACUGCGGAAAGUGAAAGAUCUGGAUGAAAGACCAGAUCGCAAUCGUAGCGAAGAUUCUGUCCGAUCGCAAGCCACAAAUUCUGAUUUUUAUUGGCUGUAUAGUAUACACUAUGUUUAGGUAUUCCAGUUUCAAAGAGAUCUGUUUUGGAACUAAAAUAAACUUUUCAAAUAAACAUAUACCUAUGUAUGAAAAUUUAGUGUUACCAAAAAAUAACUAUCAUCAUAAACUAUCAUACAAAGAAGGGUUGACCAAUUGAAAAUUGAAGGUAUGGAAAUAAAUAAAUUAUGUAUCAGUAAUAACAAAUAAAUAACAAACGAAACCUUUGGUAUAGAAUAAAAUUAUAGCUAAAUCAAACUAGAAAUAGUGCUCUCCCGAAUUUUUAACGUUGGUUUAGAUUUAAUAGAGCGAAAGAAAGAACAUGUGGUUUUAGGGCAUCUAAAACAGCCUGUAUCAUUCCUUUUAUUUUGAUUAAAAUAUUCGACUGUCGGAAACCUUA